UGUGUGUGUGUGUGUGCGCGCGCGCGCAUGCGUUUGUGCAUGCCUGCGUGAGUGUGUGUGUGCGUGCUUGUGUGUGUCCCAGGGUGGGGUGCCAUUUCCUCUCUCCCAUUAGCCGUGCUCCGCUGUUUCCCAGGCCCUGCCCCCGUCAUCCCCGCUCCUCCUCCCUGUCAGCUAGCUCUGAGCUGCAGUAUCCUGACAGUAGGCCUGCUGGACUCCCAGCUUCUGCCGUCCUGCCUCUGCUGGGCGACCUGUUUCCAAAUCUCGCCGGCUGCCGUCACCGAAAGCACCGCCGUCCUUCCCCCCCCUCAUCGCCGGCAGCCGGCCGUCUGCGUCCAGGCUGUGUUUUUGUGAUCCGCUCCUCUCUGAGGAAGGAGGUGCAGGCUGAGGAGAGGCACGGGACGAGACGGGCGGGGGCCCCCAUGGCUGCCUGUCUGUGCGACUGCGUCUUGCCUGAGUGGAGCUCAGCCUCAGAUGAUGAAGUCGACCACCAGCUCAACACGACAGGGAGCGAGGGGGGCAACUCUGGAGACAGCACUCCUCCCACCAAGCGCAAGGGCAAGUUCUCCACCUUGGGCAAGAUCUUCAAACCCUGGAAAUGGAGGAAGAAGAAAAGCAGUGAGAAGUUCAAGGAAACUUCAGAAGUUCUGGAAAGAAAGAUCUCGAUGAGGCGGCCACGGCAGGAGCUGAUCGAGAAGGGGGUUCUGAAGGAGGUCGCGGACAAUGAUGGAGACAAUUGUCAUGGCCCCAAGCCCCCAUACUUGAAGAAUGGUCACACUGCCCCGAUCGGCGGCGGUGGCCGGGCCCUGGAAAUGGCUCGCUCCUCCUCAGAGUCUGACUACAGGACGAACCCAGCUUGGUUGCCCCAGGCUGAGGAGCGCAGGGGAGCUCCAGGUCCCCGAGCUCGAACCCCGGGGGACGCAGAGCGGAAAGUGGGCCCACUAUGGCAGGUGGAAGAGGCCCGGCGGCUUGACAAGAAACCGGCCUUGCAGAAGGCCCCGUCUGAGGACGGCCGCCGCAGCCGGCCCGGCCCUGACACCGACUGGAGGCCCACGCUGCCCCGGCACGCAUCUGCAGAAGAGGGCCGCACACUACGAGAGCCUAACGGCAGCCGCACGCCAGAGGCAGAGGCCCCGCGGGACACCCUGAGGGAGCCAUUGCCCCCCAAACAGCCCAUACUGCCCCCCAAGUGGCUGGUGAGCUCCACCCCGGAUCCCGGCAGUGAUGUCCUGCCACGGCCCACAGCCAGCAGCGGCCCCUCAGUCCCAGGACUUGUUUACUCCUCGUCCUCCUCCUCGUCCGCCACCUCUUCCUCUGUCGGCACUGCUGUGAAGCCCGUGCGCAUCAUGGGCACUCACGGACCCGGCUCAGUGGCUCCGCCCCCCUCCUCCGCUGCUGGUACUGCCCUCCAACCUGUCAAGCAACCACCUAUCCCACCCCCCAAGCCCAUCAAUCGGAACAGCAACCCCACUCUGCUAGGGGAUAACACGCACUUCCCCCUGUACUGGUCUUGCUGGAAGCGGGAGGGCGAGUACGACGUCUACCUGUCCCUGCCCGUCUACCUGUGCCGACGGGCUGGAGCCCCCCGCUCAGCUGAGCUCUCCCAUGCCACCGGUGCAAUUGCUCUGGGCCCGACUAAGCCUUCCCCGCCCAUGCCUCCUAAGAGGACCACCCCUGUUACAAAGCGCAAUUCGGAGGAGUCGUCCAAUCCCCCCAUGUCCAGCGUGCUGCCUGAGGAGGACUUCGCCACCUGCCCGCCGGGCUUCCAGCUACCCCCGCUGCCUCCGCCGCCACCAUCCCCGCCCCUGCCCACCCACGUUCCUCCGUCCCCUCCUCGCCUGGCUCACCACCCCCACCACCACCUGCUGCCCCACCAGCACUCGUAUCCACACCCCCUGCCCCAGCCCAUCCCGUAUGAGCCACCCAGCCCCACUUCGGAGCCAAGCCGCCAGGCCGCCGUGCCCCUGCACAUCAUGAUCCAGCGAGCGCUGACCAGCCCCGGGCCUGCUGUGCCCAAUCCCGACGGCUCACAGCGCGCCCACUCGUUACUCUUCGAGACGCCCCCACCGGAAUACCAGGGCGAGGGGGGGUGGUCGGGGUACCCCCUGCCUGUCACCAUCCAGCCGCUCAAGCUUAACGAGGAAGACUACUCUGAAGAGGAAGAGGAGGAGGAAGAGGACGAGGAAGAGGAGGAUCUGCCCCCGCCGGAGCACAUCCCGCCCCCGCAGCCGGAGCUGGAACCACGGAGCCGACGUUGCUUGGUGGGGGACAUGAGUGUGAGCAUCAUCCCCGAGAUGGAGGGGCCUGCUAGCAGUGAGGAGGACGAGGAGGAGGAAGAGGAUGAAGAGGAGGAGGACGUGGAGGAGGAGGACCCACCUGACGACAGCGACUCGGACGGGCCUGUGCUUUACAAAGACGACGACUCCGAGGAAGAGGAGGAUGAAAGCCCACCCAGUGCACUGGCUAGCCGUGUGAAGAGGAAGGACACUCUGGCUCUGAAGCUCAGCAGCCGGCCCUCGGCUCCAGACCGGCAGGCCAGGGAGGAGCAGGCGACGGUGACGUGGCAGAACCGGGAGCAGUGGGAGGAGAUCCGCACGCAGAUCGGCACGGCGCUCACCCGGCGUCUGAGCCAGAGACCCACCGCGGAGGAGCUGGAGCAGAGGAAUAUCCUACAGCCCAAGAACGAGGCAGACAGGCAGGCUGAGGUGCGGGAGAUCAAACGAAGGCUCACCAGGAAGCUAAGUCAAAGGCCAACAGUAGCUGAGCUCCAGGCCCGGAAAAUCCUUAGGUUCCAUGAGUAUGUGGAAGUCACUAACGCCCAGGACUACGACCGGCGUGCCGACAAGCCGUGGACCAAGCUCACUCCUGCUGACAAAGCCGCGAUUCGUAAGGAGCUGAAUGAAUUCAAGAGCUCUGAGAUGGAGGUCCAUGAAGAGAGCAGGAUCUACACGAGAUUUCACCGGCCUUAGACUCCAGCAACUGGAAGACGAAGCACUUAAAGAAUGAGAGAGCCUGGCCGGGCCCCUAGGCCUCAUGCUCCCAGAAUGGACUGCCUUUAUCAUUCUGAAUGUACAGUACUGCUCAUCAGGAACACGGCAAGAGAAGCCCUCCUCCCAUAGCUGCUCACAACCACUGCAGCCACACGCAGGAUUAAGCGCCUGCGUGCUUGCAGUACUUCUCCGUGGACUUCGGGGGGAGCCAUAGUGCCAAGAGGGCAGAGGUUGCAGGAGGGAGAGGUUUAGAGGCUGUCUGUGUUGUUCAGCCCCCCUCCCCAGGGGCGCUAAGGCCCCUAUAGGCCACAAGUCCGCCCUCCCCUUUCCUCUGGAGAACAUUCGGGUGGCCUUUUUCCUUCAUUUUUUACGGAACAUUUGAUUUCUCUUUCCUUCUUCAUCAGGAAACUAAACUAAGGAAUAAUAAUCAUAACAGUAGUUAAUAUUGAAGAUGAAAAUUAUUACAAUAAGAGCUGCAAGAUACUGACCGAGAUGAAGUGAAAACAAAAUGACAAUGAAGAGAGAGACUCCUGAAGCAAGUGGCUCCGGAAAGAGUGAUGGCAUUCUGGAAAAAUUGUGAAUUUGUGUGUGUGUGUGUGUGUGGGUGUGUGGGUGUGUGUGUGUGUAUAGAUUACUGUAAUUUUUCUUAGACUAUUAACCUGGAAAGUUAUAAUGAACAUUUCGGUAAGAUGCACAAGGUUCUUUUGUUGUUUUUUUUUUCCUUCCUCCUAAUGUACGAUCUCUUCUGAAAUGAGGACUUUUUUUGUGGUGAGGGAGCCAGGGUGAUGUCCCCCCCCCCUCCAAUUUGGGGAGUUGGGCUGAGGUGACGUCAACAGACAGUCCCUUGCCAUAGGAGAAAAACCUGAAGUAGUGUUUUUUUUAAAUGUAUUUAUUUUUUGUUUGCCAUGGUUUAAUUUCCAGUCUUAAAAUAGCGUACGGUCAUUGUGUACCACCUGUCCAGUGCUGUGACAGCCAUAGGUAUCCCAACUGGCCAAUAAUUUUAAUGCCAUUUUGUGUUUUUAAUGGACCUACCACAAAUCCCUUUCAGCAGUUUAAAAACCAGACUGACAAACCAGAUUUAACAACGGGGGGAUAGAACAUGGCACCUUAAUUUGGAAAAAGUCAGGGUUGUACAGCUCUCUGUAGGAGAGAACCACUACAGUGACGCAUCACUGCGAUGGCUGACAGGGAAUCCCUUUCGGCAGGAACAUGUUUGUAGUUUUUGUUUUAUCCCAUAUCGCUCGUGGCCCAAUAGAGACCCAAGUCCUCUGCUGUAUAGAUUUAUCCUGUAGAUUAAACUGACUGUCGUGUAUAUCUUGUCUUCCUAUCGUUUAAAAUAUUUGAAAUAUAAUAAAAGUAUUAGGUUGUUGUUUUUAAGCUCAAAAUAUUCGUGUAUGAUUGAACAACACUAUGAGAAAUGGGAUAUAAACAUACCUGUUCUAUUUUAUGUUACUGUUGUAUAGUUUUUUUAAGACACUUCAUUGAAUUUUAGCAAUUGACAGCGGUUUCUCUGUUUAGCUGAAAAUGGUCACUACCGAAUAUUAAAAGCUUUAAACUAUUAA